AUGCCGUCGUUCAACGGUACCGCAGGCCAUGAUGACGAGGACGACUAUAUGAACAUGACGUUUGACGACCCUGCACCCAAAAAAGAAACCUCUCUACAACGAACACAGCGCUUAAAAAAGGAAUCCCUGGCCAGGGGCGUAGUAAAGUCCAAAGCACAGCUUGCAGAAGAGGCCGCAGCAGCCAGAGAAAAGGCCCUGUCAACGUCUAUGCUCGAAGCGCCCGGAGCAAAGAAGAGCAAAGGCCUGGCCAUGAUGGCCAAGAUGGGGUUUUCCGGAGGCGCGUUGGGCAAAAAGGUACAUGAUGGCGAGGGCUCCAGCAGGACAGAGCCGAUCAAGGUCAGCAUCAAAGAGGACCGGAGUGGCAUUGGCUUGGAGAGCGAGAAGAAGCGCAAGCUUGAUGAGGCCAUGGAGGAGCGGGGCAUCAAGGCUGUCAAAAUGGAUCCCGACGAGUACAGAGAAAGAGUAAGAAAAGAGCGCGAGGACGAGAGGCUCGAGAAGCAGUUUCAUGCUGCGCAGCGUGUCGCGGAGCGCAUGGAUGAAGAGCAGGUCCAGGAUGAGAGCGCGUCCGAUGAGGGGUCAGAAUCGGCGGCACGGCCAAAACCUCCUUCUUCGCGGCCGCUAAAGUCAAUACCCGUGCUGUAUCGUGGUCUUGUGCGCCGCAGGGAGGAAAAGGAGCGUGAUAGACGGAUGAGGUACGACCUGGAGCAGUCUCUCUCGCGGUUACCUACCUAUGACGACGCCGACGAAGAUGAGGAUGACAAGAAGGCUUUGGGGAAGAAGAAGACCACAUAUGUUACUUCCGAGGACUUGGAUGAGGAGGAUGAGGAGCUGGAUUCGUUUAAUUCUCUUGAGCCGGCGGAGAGGCUGAGAAGAUUGGUCGAAUACUUGCGAGAAAAGUACUGGUAUUGUUUUUGGUGUAAGAUGAAGUAUGAUGGCAGUGAGAUGGACGGAUGCCCAGGCGUCACCGAGGAAGACCACGACUGA